AUCAUCUUUCAACAUUGGAUACAAUUGGAUAAGAUCUUUUCAAUCACCCUAUUACAACAUAAGUUACAAUCUAGUAUAACCUUUUCCCUUAUCCUUUAACGGUAUAAGAAAAUUUCAUUUAGACCUUUUUCUGUACCAUAUUACAAUAUACAAGGAUGAUUUUUAUUCCUUAAUUCUUACCACUUAAUCACUUAUACACGAUACUGAAUAAAUACUCUAAAAAAAAUAAAAUAAACGCGGGAUCCGGAGAUCUUCAUGAACUCAAAAAUUGUGUGGCUCCCCAUUUUGCAACUUCAAUCAGGGGGAAAAAAUAAAAAAAUUGAGUCUUGACAGCAAAAAAGGAAACCUUUUUAAUUUUUUGGAUUUUCCAUUUUUUUGCCUUUCUCUUUCAAAGUAAUUCAUACCAAACGUAACGGAAAUACCGUCGUCCCUGUUCUUUCUCUCUCUCCUCUCUCGGCUGUUGCUGUCGAAUUCCUUUGAACAAUUUCUGAGAGAGAAUACGAGAGAGUAAGAGAGGGGGGAAGAAUUUAAUAUUCAAACAAAUUUGGCAAAAAAGAUUGGGAUUUUUCACAGGUUACAACGUUAAAGGAGCCUCCUUUUUGAGUCUUUUAGAUUGUUUUGGAAAUACCCAUGUUCGGAAAAUUCUCAAGAAUCUCAAAUUAAUGAAUAUUUGAUUGGUUUUAGAUGUGUAAUCCACAUUUUUCCCUUGAAAAAGAGCCAAGGUUUUGAAAAGAAUUUGGCUUUCAAAGGGUUUUGAAUUUCGCAUUGGAUUGGAUUGAAUUGGGUUUAUUUUUUGGUUUUGGGGCAAAAAUUUGUCAAUGGUGAUGUCGUCAGAUAAUGUUAAGGGGCUUGUGUUGGCUGUUUCUUCGAGUAUCUUUAUUGGGUCAAGCUUCAUCAUUAAGAAAAAAGGUCUCAUGAAAGCUGGGACAACUGGGACUAGAGCAGGAUCAGGAGGCCAUUCAUACCUGUAUGAACCUUGGUGGUGGGCAGGAAUGAUUGCAAUGAUUGUUGGGGAGAUUGCUAAUUUUGCAGCAUAUGCUUUUGCACCUGCAAUUCUUGUUACUCCUUUGGGAGCCCUUAGUAUUAUUUUCAGUUCAGUUCUAGCUCAUUUUAUCCUCAAGGAAAAGUUGCACAUAUUUGGUAUGCUUGGUUGUGUUCUCUGUGUGGUUGGUUCGACCACUAUUGUCUUACAUGCUCCACACGAGAGAGAUAUUGAAUCUGUUAAGCAAGUAUGGACGCUUGCAACAGAGCCAGGUUUUCUUGUGUAUGCUGGCAUUGUUGUUGUGAUGGUUAUUGUACUCAUUUUCUACUUUGUUCCACGUAAUGGGCGGACACAUAUGGUUGUGUAUAUUGGAAUUUGCUCCCUCAUGGGGUCACUUACGGUUAUGUGUGUCAAAGCUGUGAGUAUUGCCUUGAAGUUGACUUUUGAGGGAAAUAACCAGUUUAAAUACUUCCAAGCAUGGUUCUUCACCAUUGUUGUAAUUAUAUGCUGUCUCUUGCAAAUUAAUUACUUGAACAAGGCUCUGGACACCUUUAACACUGCUGUUGUAUCACCUGUCUACUACGUCAUGUUUACUUCGCUUACCAUCCUUGCCAGUAUGAUCAUGUUUAAGGAUUGGGAUUCACAAAAUGGUUCACAAAUAGCUACAGAAUUGUGCGGAUUUGUAACCAUUCUCUCUGGGACAUUUCUGCUUCACAAAACCAAGGACAUGGGAAAUACUCCAGCGGCAACACCACUUGCUGCAGCUGAACUUUCUAGGCAAUAUAGCGUCAAUUGCAAUCAUGAAAAUUCGAGGCAUUCUGACUGCAAUGCUAGCCCUGACCGCAAUUUCAGAGAGUAAGCUAGAUUUUUUUGGAGAUCUAACAAAUAUUUUGCCGGUUGUCCCUUGGAACUCAACGGGACAGAUGAUACCUUGUCUCUUGGAGCACAAAGCUCGGGCUUGAAAUGUUAUCACAUUACAGAAUGGCCAGUUUUUUGUUUUUGGCUGAAGUGCAGACCAAUUUCUGAUAAAAGGGUAUAUAUUUCAUUGCGGAAGGCUCUUAUUAUUUGUAGGGAUACAGCUACGUUAGCUAGAAUUUUUUUUCCACCUAUUUUUUUUCGCUACGUAGGUUUGAGGUGCUAUGACUUGUGAAUAUGUUUCGGAAAAUAAAUGAAAAAUAUUGGUUAUGGCAAAAAUCUAGAAAGGCAGACCCCAGAUGGUAUGAGAAAGAAAUUUGUGCAGUAUUUUCAGAACCUUUUUACAUCACCCCUUAGUUUGAUGGGUUAAUUACAUUACCAUAUGUUAAGGAUUAAACCUCUUAUGAUCAGCUAGUAAAAGAAAUAUUAUUUUUACUCGUACUCUUCAUCUUGUAUGUUCUUUCAAAUUUUAACUCUUUAUACCAGCUAUUAUUUUAUGUCGACGUCUGUGGUGUGUCCAUGCAAAAUGAC